AUGUUUGCAGCCCUUAGCGAUCUCAUUUGCCAUGUCCUCUAUCUCUCUCUGUGUUUUAUGCGACCCGUCCUUGGAAGUAAAGAGCUAGAGAAUGGCAAGCCUCACUUCAGGCCUGGUUGGUGUACAACAUUUAACCGUUUUGAGAACAAAUUGCGAGCUACUCACAAGUGGUCGUUCACAGGAGACACAUCUGGAAUUGAGAACAUGCACAUUCUUGUCGCCUGUUUGCUUGUAGGUCCUCCGACUACUUUAGCGGACCUUGACGACGUCCGAACACUACAGAGGAGGAGCGUCUUGCAGUAUGCCCCGACCGCGUGCGAGGCUGCAUAA